AAAAGACUCUAUUUUGACAAAUCGAUACAUACACACGACAGAAGUUGAUUAAUACCCAUACCCACAAAUCUAACCCACCUUGAGGGGGGAGAGAGAGAGAGAGAGAGAGAGAGAGAGAGAGAGAGAGAGAUGAGUUUAUGGAAUAGCCAUGGAAGGGGUUUAAGCUUUCACCACCAAGCUCCAAGCUUCAUUGAAUGGCUUAAACCUUCAUCUUCUUCUUGUUCUUCUUAUCCUUCUUCGUUGCCUUCGUCUUUGUUGUCCCUUGUGACCAAACAGAUUCUACUUGGGGAUUACCAGACAAACAUGUCUGAAAGGUCUUUGUUCUAUCAAUCGCAAGAAGAAUCCGAAGGGGGAAAAAUCCAGUGCUUGCCGCUUCUGAACAAGCUGAUGGAGAAAACCCCUGAAUCCAAUCAACACAGGAACAUCAAAGAAGCUUUCGAGGUCGAAGGAGGGAAGGUCACAGUGGCUCUCCACAUUGGACUUCCCAAUUACGAUCGUAAUAUUGUCUCUGAAGAUGAUUCUGAUACCACUAUCAAGAAAGAAGAUGGUGGUGAUGGUGAUGGUGAUGAUGGUGAUGAUGAUGAUGACGAUGGAGUGACGAUGAAGAGGAGGAAGAUCAUGAGCUUUGAGAGUGAUUUGGAUUUGGAUGUUUCAGGGAAAAGGUUUUGGAUCCCAAGUCCUGCUCAGAUUCUCAUAGGGCCAACGCUUUUCGCUUGCUCUAUUUGCAGCAAGACCUUCAAUAGGUACAAUAACAUGCAGAUGCAUAUGUGGGGGCAUGGAUCCGAAUUCCGAAAGGGGCCCGAGUCACUGAAGGGCACGACACAACCGGCGGCAAUCCUACGUCUGCCGUGCUAUUGCUGUGCCGUGGGUUGCAAGAACAACAUCAACCAUCCACGAGCCAGGCCCCUGAAAGAUUUCCGUACACUCCAAACGCAUUACAAGCGAAAGCACGGGUCCAAGCCCUUCUCCUGCAGGAAAUGCGGAAAGGCGCUGGCCGUGAAAGGAGACUGGCGAACCCACGAGAAAAAUUGCGGGAAGCUUUGGUAUUGCACUUGCGGGUCCGAUUUCAAGCACAAGAGGUCUCUUAAGGACCACAUUAGGUCGUUUGGGAAAGGACAUUCUCCUCACCCUUCUCUUCUUGUCGACGGGUUCGAGGAGGAGAAGGAAUGUGUCACUGCCGAGUGAAUUUGCCCGGGCCGGGUAUGCGAUAUCUUGACCGGUCUAUCGAUCAUCAAAUCGGUAAGGUGCUCUUUAAAAAAGGUCUGAAUUUUCUUAUGUUGCUCCUAUCUAGGGUUCACACUACAUAAAAACUCAAGUCUACUAAAGAAUUUCUAUCUUUGCACAAGGAAGAAAUUCUUUGUUAGACUCGAUUUAUCGACUAACAAAUAUUGUUUUCAAAGAUGAUGGAGCAACAUUUUGAAAUUCAUGAUCCUUUUUUCUUGAUGCUUUAACCGACGAAAUAAGCAUAUAAUUAGAUGUCGGUCCAGAUAUCGAAACCCGGUCUAUCUAAGCAUUUUCUUUUCUUUUUUCAUGGGUUUGAAGAUUGGUGUGUUAGCUAAUUAUAUAACCCAUAUUAGGGUUCUUGGUUUGGUGUGGGAUUUUGAUCAAAGGCAACUAAAAAAAAGCUCAUGCUCACUAACAAAAAGUUCUCUUUCACAAGGGAUCUAUUUGUAGGGGAGCAUUGGCGGGUUGGUCAAUUAAUCCCUUAAUUAUCCUCUAGUAAUCAAUAAUUUAUAAUAAUUAGGUUUUUUAGUUAUCUAUCUAAUAAGAGUGAGUGUCUUCAAGUGGUGAAGCACGUGAAUUUUCUGGUCUCUCUCUCUCAUGUAUAAUGUAUCCACGUAUACGGCUUUGUAUGCUUCAUAGUGGAGGAGAAAAUUCGUGUGCUUCAUCAUUAUAUGAUAAUCCUCAUUAGAGACUUUUGUGUUGUGUGUGUGUAUAUAUAUAUAUAUAUAUAUAUAUAUAUAUCUGUAAACCCUAAUA